GCUUCUUCGGAUUCAAAGACGUAGUACAACGAGGAAGUAUUUUUUAUCUAUUACUGUAAAAACAUGUUUUUCCACAUUACCUACAAAUUAUUCAGAUAUUUCGCUAUCUUUGGUUUUUUAUUGGCCUUGAGGAAUUAGAUAUACAAACACUAAAAACCAGGUGGAUAAGUAUUUCCUGCUGUCGUUCAAAAAAUGUAGCUCUGAUGUAAACAACCAAAUUUAAUUUACUUUUACCUGUAUUUUCUUUGUUGGUUGAGAUCACUGCGCAAACAAAAGUAAAGUAUACUGUUUUGGGCUGUGUUUUAUACUUUUGUGUGAUUUCCCUUCCCAAUCAAAUCUCUUUUUUAAGACCGCGUAAUCUCGGUAACGGCAGUAUAUAUUUUGAUGUACCAUGCAGCCCAGUUGUUCCUUCAAAUUUCAUUCACGCGCCCCAUAGGGCAGCGAGUCAUAAAUGCCUGGACAGGUAGCAACAAGCAAAAAUAAAGAACGAUCGGGUGCUCUUGUUUGUUUGACUCUUCAUCCAUCGUGUGAAAUGAGAGGAAGUCCUUCAUACGAAAUGACAUCAACCUGUGGACUACGCCCCGCUGGAGGGGGUUACCAGCCACCAAUGAUGAUGGAACCCCCUUCUCCAUCUUCAGCUUGGCAAUUUCACUCUGUCAUACCGAAACCAGAGUCAGAGGAAAGAAACGACUCCGGCAUAGCAUCAGGCAGCGACUUCGUUUCUUCAUCACCUGGCAGUGACCACAGCGAGAAUUCCAACAUUCAGUUUUCAUCUCUGCUCACAUCGCAGGGGGUAGCUGCACCCAUACCUCCCCCUUUUUACUCAACACCAGUCAUCCGCAGCAACAUGGCAUACCAUGCAUCCACUAUUCCUGUGUACAACGAACAUAAGCCGUUGAUUUCCUCUACUGUAGACUCCGCUGCAACACCAGUUAAAGGAGAUAGUACGAUGAUCUCCCCUCGAGGUUCCCCCGGUAGUGGUCGCAUCCAGCACCAAGAGGAGUCCAAUGAUAGUGAGGACCCUUUGAGAAGACUAGAGAUGAGCUUGGAGAAGAAUGGGUUCCUACCUUCGGCUUUGUCCCCUAAACUCAGUGAAUGCUCUGCAGAAGAUGAAAAUAAGUCGGACAAUGACCCAGAGGAGUUCGACGAACAAGGUUUGAGAAUACCCAAAGUGAACUCUCAUGGUAAAGUGAAGACAUUCAAGUGCAAGCAGUGUGACUUUGUCGCAAUUACGAAGUUGAACUUUUGGGAGCAUUCGAAAAGUCAUAUCAAAGCUGAUAAACUCUUGACCUGCACCAAAUGCCCGUUCGUUACCGAAUACAAGCACCAUUUGGAGUACCACCUGAGGAACCACACCGGUUCGAAACCGUUCAGUUGCACCCAAUGCAGUUACUCUUGUGUGAACAAAUCUAUGUUGAACUCCCACCUGAAAUCGCACUCCAACAUAUACCAAUACAGAUGCUCAGAUUGUAGUUACGCCACUAAGUACUGCCAUUCGUUGAAGCUUCAUCUACGCAAGUACGGCCACAAGCCUGCGAUGGUGCUCAAUCCAGACGGGACACCAAAUCCGUUACCUAUAAUAGACGUCUAUGGUACCAGGCGAGGUCCAAAACUGAAGAGCCAAGAGCAAAGGCCAGUAGAGGAGCAAAGGAGUCCGCAACCCGAGCAAGUAAUACCGUUCCCAUUGAAUCAGUUUAUGUUGAAUGCUCAAUCCCAGCUACCAUUCGCCGCGUUCCCCUUCUUUGCUGGCUUCCCUGGCCCACUAGCAAACACUUUGCUCAUGCAAAAUCUGGAGAAAAUUGCAAGGGAAAGGCAGAGUUCAGUUUUAAAUAGAGAAGAACCACAGCCAGUCGAGAAACAACCCCAAGACGAGGUACUAGACCUCAGCAAACCUGAAGAGCCGUCCCAGAACCGAAGGGUGCCCCAACAAGAUGACUCUUCAGGAGAUGAAGAAGAAGAUGAUACCCAUACAACCAUGUUCAGCAAUGUGGAAGUGGUUGAAAACAAAGAAGCCAAAGCCAAAGAAGAGGAGAUGACGAAUAACAAUAAAGAAGAUUUCAACUGUCAGUUCUGCAAAAUUAGCUUUGGUGAUCUCGUGCUGUACACCAUGCACAUGGGGUACCACGGCUACAAAGAUCCAUUCACUUGUAAUAUGUGCGGUCAAGAGUGCAACGAUAAAGUGUCAUUCUUUUUGCAUAUUGCACGUACGCCUCACAAUUAGAGGAAGACUUAAGACUGCCGCGGUUUAGAAUUGCCUAAAUUUUGAUAGUGGCCAAUGUUAACCUUUUGUUACGAGCAAAUUUUGUAGUCAAAGCUCCAGCUGGAUUCUAUUCAUAUUUACCAAAAAUAUACCCGAAAAGUCUAUUUUUAUUCCUUUCUUUUAUUUGAAAAUUAUUUUAUCUUCGUAAAUUUGAAUUCUGUCAUUUUUGGUAUUCAGGUUCUGCCUUCGUAUACAAAUACAUUAAUGCUACUUCCUAACCCUUAUAGCAACGCAAAAAACUACAACGUCUGAGAUGUUUAAUGUCAAUGUCCGUUUGUCUAAAAGUUGAAUUUAAAAUUAUGUAGAUAAACUCCUACAUACUUUAACAUUUAGAAACAAUUUCCAAAUAAAAGGAAGGAAGGGAUAAAAAUAAACUUUUUGAAUGCAUUUUUGGUAAUCAUGCAUGAAAGUGCUGUCAUUGUUUGAAUACAAAGAACAGAUAAUUAUCGCGGUUUUUAAUUCGAUUUCUUUAUAAAGUUUUUAAUGUUCUCCUAAAACUUUAGCAAACGCUGGUCGCUACCAAAUAUCACUGUAAAUAUCGUUAGGCGAAUAGAUAUCACACGAUCAGUAUUUCUGUGAGCAUUUAUAAUGGUAUAUGAUAUUUACUGGCAAUGUAGCCAGAACAUCAGUAAUGAUCGAUGUAGAAGGUCACGUAGAAAUCCACUGACAUGGACUGAAUAAUUAGUAAAUACUUAUGGUACAAACAACAGUAAAUACUGAUCUUGUAACAUUCGCCUUUAUACGUCUCUUGGUUUGACAGACACUGUAUAGUUGCCAUAUUAAAUUUUACCAGAUUCCGUAGAAUCUAGUCAAAGAAUUUUUUACUUAGUCAUGUAUGCUUGUGCAAUUGUUUACAUAUUUCGGAAUAUUACGGGUAUAUUUAAAUUGAAAAGGUUGGAGCAACAGUGCCAUGUCAUCGCCGUGUAGUCUGUGUAUUUUUUUAUUGUGAAUUAUUGUGUUUCUGUGUGUGUCAUUUGUAUAAAUUCUAGGGGCCAGAAAUAUAAGACUGAUUUGUAUAUACGAUUUGUGUUUUUUUUUAGUGCGUUUUAAUAUGAGCUACCAAUCAAAACUACGUAUUAUAAUAAUUGGUAUUAUAGUUAUAGAGCUAGAGACUACAUAAUAAAUAUUUUGACAUAUUUACAA